AGAGCUGUCAACAUUUAUUAAUUCUCCGCGAUUCACGGGUUACGGUAACCAGAAAUGGUCGCAGUUUACUGUUUUGCAGAAUGACUAUACAUUCUACAACACGGCCAGCCGAGCCGAUAUCGCCAGGUGAACAAGAGCAAGUAGAUGAACUCAGAGCAAGGCUAAACGAAUGCCUCAAGAAAAUUCCUGAUGAUCUCGACACUGAUCUGAAUUUGGUUCGAUGGCUUCGUGGUUACCAUGGGGAUAUCGAGAAGAUCUGCACGAAUUUCUCAAAGUACGUUUCCUCCAGAAUUGCCACUGGCUUCGUAGGCCGAGAUCUCCCUGAGAAAUACUUUGAGAUGCCAGCCGUCAAACCAUUUUUACCAUUUAUCGCCUCAUCACGCCUCAAUGAUUCCGUAUGGUCCGAAGAGCACAAUGCAUUCAUGUUCGUUGAGAGAGCUUGGUCUCAGCCAAGAGAGUUCAUCAAGACCUUCAAGACCAGCGAUUAUUUGAUACAUUGCUUUGGAUACUCAGAAUUACUGCUGCAGCUCAUUCUCGAGCGUGAAAGAAAGCAGCCAAAAGACAAAGGACCAGUUCAAUUUAUUGUGAUUUUUGAUCUUGCCACCGUCAAUAUCACAGACUAUGUGAACCCUAUGAGCGGCUAUAUGAAACUGUGGCAACUGCGAUCAGAACUUUGGCAGGAUUGGUAUCCAGAAGUAGUGCAAGUGAUCUACCUCGUUAACCCACCACGACUUGUUAGUCUAAUUUGGAAAAUUGCUCGACUAUUUUUAUCAGAAGAAAAUCUCCGAAAAAUGGUAAUUGUUGGCGAUAAGGAGAUGCCUAAGCACAUAAAUAAGCACUGCGUUCCUAAGGAGUAUGGAGGGGAAUUUGUAAAUAAAGACAUGCCCGGUGAUGAAUCCGGUGUGAGCAUUAGACGGAAAAUUACUUCAGCCGAUCAUUAUCAAGCUUAUCAGCAUUAUGAAUUGCGAGGGGUUCAAAGGCCUAAGCCUGCUAAGAAGGACAUCUCACCCGGAGAGUUCUUCACUAUCCCAAUCAUCGUCCCAGAUGGGAAAAGCCUCUUGUGGGAUUUCACCACGAGUGGAGAAAUCGAGUUUUUCGUUUAUAAAGAUAAGGACGAACGCCACCUUGUCUAUCCACGCUUACGAUUGGUCACUGCAAAACUUGCCGAAGAAGGUGUUCUGCCCAACUUGCCCGGUGGAGAGUACUCAUUAGUGUUUGGAAAUCGUGGCACAUAUUUUACGACCAAACUUGAGUAUGCUAUCACACUCGUCUAAACUGUAAAUCUCAAUAAAUCUAUUAAUGUCUUG